GCUGGCACUGCGGUGCUGCCCUUCCGUUCGCUGAUUGGUCAGACUAGACGUCAGUGAAAUCUCCGUACGUCCCCAUUCGUCCUACCGUGGAGGAAUUCUGCAUAAUGAAAAUGAUUGAGAAUGUUGACUCUGUAGUGACCAGGUCAAGCCAGGACCUCUGGGCUGAAAUCUGUUCAUGUCUGCCAGACCCAGACCAGAAAGAUGACUUUAGUGAUGCUUUUACAGAUUCCUUCACAGAUUCUUACAUCAAUGGAGAAAGUCAAGAUGAAGAAUCAGCUGGUUCUUUCCAAGCAAAUCUGAAGCCCUGGGCACCUCUGAAAGAUUCAGAGAUAUAUUUAGCAUCACUAGAGAGAAGACUGAUGAGAAUUAAGGGUUUGUCUCAGGAAGUGACCUCCAAGGAUAUGCUGCAAACUCUGGCCCAAGCAAAGAAGGAAUGCUGGGAUAGGUUCCUGCAGGAAAAGUUUGAAUCUGAAUUUUAUGUGGAGGGACAUGAAUCUGAAGAGAGCACCCUGGAACAUUUAAAGCGGUGGCUGCAGCCUGAUAAAGUGGCAAUCAGUACUGAAGAGGUACAGUACCUGAUUCCCCCAGAGUCCCAUAUAGAGAAGCAAGAAACUGGGGAAGAGCCUCCAGCAGCAGAACAAUGAAAUGCACUCCAACCCAUGCAAAGCGGCUGUCCAAGGACUGAUGGAGCUGCAUUCAGUGGCAGUAAUAAAAGGGCAGGGUGAGGAAUUGCCAAUCUUUGGUCAGCAAAGGAAAGAGCUAUGGACAUCCAGAGGAUAGAAUUGCAUUUUUUUUAAUCGACAGGAGUGAAGUGUCCUGCAACUUUGUGCAUGCUGGACUUAAAUCUUGUUUUUAUCUACAUGGUUUUCCAUCUUGUAGCAAAACAAUCAUUCCAGUUUAAAAA